AUGAUGCUGUCCAGAGCUGUGAGACCGGCCCUCGUGGCUGGCAAUGCCGCCCUUGCAAAGACGGCUGUUCCCCAGGUCGCCGGUUAUGCCACGCUACGAGAAAUCGAGAGUCGUCUCAAGUCCAUUCGAAACAUUGAAAAGAUCACAAAGACCAUGAAAAUCGUUGCCUCGACCAAGCUUACUCGUGCGCAAAAGGCCAUGACCGAAUCGAGAUCCUAUGGGCAAACGUCAAACAAGGUCUUUGAAGAGGCGGAAACCAAGCCAUUGGAGGAGAAGAAGACCCUGUUGGUUGUUGCCAGCUCCGAUAAAGGCCUCUGCGGUGGUAUCCAUUCCGGACUGUCGCGUACCGCUCGUCGAAUGCUGGAACAGGACCCCAACCUCGACAUUGUCAUCAUUGGUGAAAAGUGCAAGGCCCAAAUUGGUCGUUCCAACCCCAGGAAUGUUUUGUUGAGCUUUGCUGGUAUUGGAAGAGAUGUGCCUACCUUUGCCGAUGCCCAAGCUAUUGCCGACCAACUCGUCCUGCUCCCGGAAGAAUACGCCAGCGUCAAGAUUCUCUACAACAAGUUCAUCAACGCUCAGAGCUAUGAGCCUGUCACGGUCGAAGCAUAUUCCGAGGAGGCCAUCACUCAAUCUCCCAACUUUGCUGCUUUUGAGAUUGAUGACGAAGUUCUCGCCAACCUCCGAGAGUAUGCCUUGGCCAACUCUCUCUACUGGGCUCUUGCCGAAGGCCAUGCCUGUGAACAGUCCGCCAGACGGAAUGCCAUGGAUAACGCGUCCAAGAACGCCGGAGACAUGAUUGGCAGAUUUACUAUCUUGUACAACAGAACCCGACAAGCUGUCAUUACCGGAGAAUUGGUCGAGAUUAUCACUGGUGCCACUGCCUCGGAAGACAUGUAG